UCCUGUGGAUCACCUGAUCAGAGAGAACUGAACCUACAAAAGAGAGCUUAACCUCCUUUUCCAUACCUACCCAGGACCUAGCUCAGCUGUGUCCUAAACAGUACCAGGAAGGUGGUGACUUGAGAACUCUGUGCCCGGUUUCUGAGGACUGUUUCACCAUGCAGUGGCUGAUGAGGUUCCGGAUCCUCUGGGGCAUCCACAAAUCCUUCCACAACAUCCACCCUGCCCUUUCACAGCUGCGCUGCCGGUCUUUAUCAGAAAUUGGAGCCCCAAGAUGGAAUGACUAUGAAGUACCGGAGGAAUUUAAUUUUGCAAGCUGUAUUCUGGACUACUGGGCUCAAAUGGAGAAGGAGGGCAAGAGAGGUCCAAAUCCAGCCUUUUGGUGGGUGAAUGGCCAAGGGGAUGAAAUAAAGUGGAGCUUCAGAGAGAUUGCAGACCUAACCCGCCGCACAGCCAACAUCCUCACACAGACCUGUGGCCUGCAACAGGGAGACCUUCUGGCCUUGAUUCUGCCUCGAGUGCCUGAGUGGUGGCUGGUGGCUGUGGGCUGCAUGCGAACAGGGAUCAUUUUCAUGCCUGCGACCAUCAUGUUGAAGGCCAAAGACAUUCUCUAUCGACUACAAAUGUCUAAAGCCAAGGGCAUUGUGACCACAGAUACCCUUGCCUCAGAUGUGGACUCCAUGGCUUCUGAGUGCCCUUCUCUGAAAACCAAGCUCCUGGUAUCUGAUCACAGCCGUGAAGGGUGGCUGGACUUCCGAUCGCUGGUUAAAUCAGCAUCUCCAGAACACACCUGUAUUAAGUCAAAGACUGUGGACCCAAUGGUCAUCUUCUUCACCAGUGGGACCACAGGCUUCCCCAAGAUGGCAAAACACUCUCAUGGGUUGGCCUUACAACCCUCCUUCCCUACAAGCAGGAAAAUACGGAGCCUGAAGACAUCUGAUGUCUCCUGGUGCCUGUCAGACUCAGGAUGGAUUCUGGCUACCAUGGGGACCCUGGUGGAGCCAUGGACAGCGGGGUGUACAGUCUUUAUCCACCAUCUGCCACAGUUUGACACCAAGGUCAUCAUACAGGCAUUGUUGAAAUACCCCAUCAACCAGUUUUAUGGGGCACCAUCUAUAUUUCGAAUGAUUCUGCAGGAAGAUUUCACCAGUAUCAGGUUCCCUGCCCUGGAGCACUGCUGUACUGGUGGGGAGGUCCUGUGGCCCAAGGAUCAGGAGGAGUGGAAAAGACGGACAGGCCUUCUGCUCUACAACGUCUAUGGGCAGUCAGAAACGGGAAUAAUUUGUGCCACCCUCCGGGAAAUGAAGAUCAAGCCGGGUUUCCUGGGGAAGGCCAGUCCACCCUACGACGUCCAGGUCAUUGAUGACAAGGGCAGCAUCCUGCCACCCAACACAGAAGGAAACAUUGGCAUCAGAAUCAAACCUGCCAGGCCUGUAACCCUCUUCAUGUGCUAUGAGGGGAACCCAGAGAAGACAGCUGAAGUGGAAUGUGGGGACUUCUUCAACACUGGAGACAGAGGAAUGAUGGAUGAAGAAGGCUACAUUUGUUUCCUGGGGAGGAGUGAUGACAUCAUUAAUGCCUCUGGGUAUCGCAUCGGGCCCGCAGAGGUUGAGAACGCUUUGAUGGAGCACCCAGCGGUGGCAGAGUCAGCCGUGGUGAGCAGCCCAGACCCGAUUCGAGGAGAGGUGGUGAAGGCCUUUAUUGUCCUGACCCCACAGUUCCUGUCUCAUGACAAGGAUCAGUUGACCAAGGAACUGCAGGAUCAUGUCAAGUCAGUGACAGCCCCAUACAAGUACCCAAGGAAGGUGGAGUUUGUCCCAGAUUUGCCAAAAACCAUCACUGGCAAGAUUAAACGGAAAGAACUUCAGAAAAAGGAGAUGGGUCAGAUGUAAUCGGCAGUGAACUCACAACCCACUGUGCACCUAAGGCAAAUCCCUGGCCACUCUAGUCUCCCCACUAUGGUGAAGACGAGGGUGGGGCAUUGAGAAUGUUGAUUUGGGAAAGUAUCAGGAGUGCCACAAUUCCAAUGUUUUUGUUCUUUUAAGUUAAAUUCAGUUACUCUGCUUCCUCCAAGUUCUCUCUAUCUUUAGAAUUUCCCAGGUGAGCACUCAGAUUGCAAGUAAUAAAAUACU